CAGCUGUCAACGCGACAGUUGGCAACGCGGUCCGACUGUCAAACCAAAAAAAAAGUUGUCUCUCCGCAUUAACAGGAAUUAACAGGAAUAUUUUCCAGCAUUUCGAAAAUAUGAUACGGGCACCGCUAGUCAAGGCGCUGGGCGCUCUGGGCUCGCCCACACAUCAGAUGGCCAGCCGGGCGGUGCGAACUAGCGCCGUGGUGGCCCAGACACCGGCGAAGGCGCCCGAGAAGAUCGAGGUCUUUGUGGACGACAUUCCCGUGCAGGUGUUACCCGGCACCACCGUACUGCAGGCCGCUGCCCAAAUCGGUGUGGAGAUUCCCAGAUUCUGUUAUCAUGAACGACUGGCUGUUGCCGGAAACUGCAGAAUGUGUCUCGUGGAGGUGGAGAAGAGUCCUAAGCCAGUGGCCGCCUGUGCCAUGCCCGUGAUGAAGGGCUGGCGCAUUAAGACCAACUCCGAUCUGACCCGGAAGGCACGCGAGGGCGUUAUGGAGUUCCUGUUGAUGAACCAUCCGCUGGAUUGCCCCAUCUGUGACCAAGGCGGCGAGUGUGAUCUUCAGGAUCAGGCUAUGGCUUUCGGUUCCGACCGAUCCCGAUUCACGGAUAUCAACUACACUGGCAAACGAGCUGUGGAGGACAAGGACAUCGGACCGCUUGUAAAGACCAUCAUGACACGCUGCAUCCACUGCACCCGUUGUGUGCGCUUCGCCUCCGAGAUCGCCGGCGUAGAUGAUUUGGGCACCACUGGCCGUGGCAACGACAUGCAAAUUGGUACCUACGUGGAGAAACUCUUCCUUACCGAACUCUCCGGCAAUGUCAUCGACUUGUGCCCCGUGGGAGCUUUGACCAAUAAGCCAUACAGCUUUGUGGCCCGUCCCUGGGAGAUCCGUAAGGUGAGCAGCAUUGAUGUUCUGGAUGCUGUAGGCAGCAAUAUUGUGGUCAGCACCCGCACCAACGAAGUGCUGCGCAUCCUGCCCCGGGAGAAUGAGGAUGUUAACGAGGAGUGGCUGGCCGACAAGUCCCGCUUCGCCUGCGACGGUCUGAAGCGCCAGCGUUUAGUGGCUCCCAUGGUACGCAUGCCCAACGGCGAAUUGCAAGCCGUGGAGUGGGAGGGCGCCCUCAUCGCCGUGGCUAAGGCUGUCAAGGCAGCUGGUGGACAGAUCGCCGCUAUUUCCGGCCAGUUGGCUGAUCUGGAAGCUCAGGUUGCCCUAAAGGAUCUGCUGAACCGUCUAGGCAGUGAAGUGGUUACCACUGAACAGGGCUUUAUUCAGGGCGGAACCGAUUCCCGUGCCAAUUACCUGUUGAACAGCACCAUCGCCGGCUUGGAGGAGGCCGACGCUGUCCUUCUGGUGGGCACCAAUCCCCGUUACGAGGCUCCCUUGGUCAACACCCGUCUGCGCAAGGCCUAUGUUCACAAUGAACUGCAGAUCGCCUCUAUUGGACCCAAGAUUGAUCUGUCCUACGACCACGAGAACCUCGGCGCUGAUGCCGCAUUGGUCAAGGAUGUAUGCUCCGGAGCGCAUGCCUUCUCCAAGGUUUUGGAGGGUGCCAAGAAGCCGGCCAUCAUUAUUGGAGCUGAUUUGUUGGAGCGUCCCGAUGGUGCCGCCAUCCACGCAACAGUUGCCGAGUACUGCAAGAAGCUAAAGAAACCCAACUGGAACCCCUUCAACGUACUGCAGACAAACGCCGCUCAGGUUGGCGCCUUCGAUGUGGGCUACAAGGCCGGAGCACAGACCGCUCUGAAGGCCCAGCCUAAGGUGCUCUUCCUGCUGAACGCCGAUGCCGGCAAGGUAACACGCGAGCAGCUGCCCAAGGACUGUUUCGUGGUCUAUAUCGGUUCCCACGGUGACAACGGCGCCUCCAUUGCGGAUGCCGUGCUGCCAGGUGCCGCCUACACAGAAAAGCAGGGCAUCUACGUGAACACUGAGGGCAGGCCACAGCAGACACUUCCUGGUGUUUCGCCACCAGGUAUGGCUCGCGAGGAUUGGAAAAUCAUCCGCGCUCUGUCCGAGGUGGUUGGUAAGCCGCUGCCGUACGACAAUUUGGAUGAGCUGCGCAACCGUCUGGAGGAUGUAGCGCCACAUCUUACCCGCCUGGGCCAGUUGGAGCCAGCCGGCGAUGCCGGUUCAGCGGGAGCUAUCAGCAAAUCCAUCGGCGGUGGCCCCAUUGAUGUUAAACUAAAGGAGCUGAAGGACUACUUCAUGACCGAUGCCAUCUCGCGUGCCUCGCCCACCAUGGCCAAGUGCAUAUCGGCAGUAAACAAGCAGCAGCGGGAGAACGAGGGCAAGCAGAGUGUGGCCAUCUAGGCGUCCGCUCACCCUCGCGUCUGAUCUAAACUAAUAACUAAUUGUUUUUUUUAAACUCUGCUCUUCGACCUUUUGCCCCGCACUCCCACAAUUACUAACGGACACAAAGACAGUAGGAUGAGUCGCGAGACGAGCCAGCGCAGGAACGGGAUAAGGAGCAGAUGCAGCAGCUGCAGAGGCGCCAGCGCUGGGGCAGUUGUAAAUGAUAAUGUCUUUGAAGUUGUUCUAAACAAAGAAGUUAUUCAAUACGAGAAAUAAGAAACUAAAAUAAAAAUGUAAUAGAAAAAUA